GGCUUAGCAGGGGAUGUGAGAGGACUCGUUCCGGCCGCCUACAACCCCCGGCAUGCCUCGCGCGGGCUCGGGCAAGCGUUUCCGGUUGGAGCAGCCAGCUGGUCGUAAACAGCCAGACUCUGCUUGGAGUUCAGAUUGGGACCUCAGAGAAUCAAACUGCUCCAGCCCCGCCAUGUCUCUCUCGGAGUGUUACAUCGCCGUGAAGCUAGCCGACCAGCCCCUGGCUCCCAAAUCCAUCUUGCGGCUGCCAGAAAGUGAGCUCGGCGAGUGCCCGCUGGGGGGUUGCAGCAUCUUGUACCUGAAGCAGCUCAUUACGGGGAAGUUACAGGAGUCCAUCCCUGACCCGGAGUUCAUUGAUCUGAUCUAUUGUGGGCGGAAACUGCGGGAUGAGCAAACGCUCGAAUUCUACGGGAUUCAGUCUGGAUCCACUAUCCACGUCUUCCGGAAAGCCUGGCCCGAACCGGAGCAAAAACCAGAACCAGUGGAUAAAAUGGCUGCCGUGCGGGAGUUUCGUGUCUUACACACAGCUUUACACAGCAGCCCCGUCUUCAAAGAUUCAGUCUUCAAGAUGUUAGGGAACAAGGAAUCCCUAGAUCAGAUCAUCGUCGCCACCCCCGGCCUCAGCAGUGAUCCCAUCGCUUUGGGAGUCCUGCAGGAUAAGGACCUCUUCUCUGUUUUUGCUGACCCAGCCAUGCUGGACACGCUCAUCCCAAGCCAUCCUGCGUUGGUGAAUGCCAUUGUCCUGGUCCUCCAUUCUGUGGCAGGCAGCGCCCCGCUUCCCACUGCAGAGACCUCCUCGCGUAGCAGCAUGCCUUCCAGCUCCUACCGCGACAUGCCAGGAGGAUUUCUUUUUGAAGGUCUCUCUGAUGAUGAAGAUGACUUCCAUCAGAGCAUGAGGACCACACCGUCCAGCAGCAACUCCGGAUCCCGGCCAGCGUCUCUCGGCUACACCGGCGCGGCGGGGCCUCGGCCCAUCACGCAGAGCGAGUUGGCCACGGCCCUUGCCCUAGCCAGCACUCCAGAGAGCAGCUCGCACACCCCAACGCCUGGAACGCAGGGCCAUUCCUCCGGCACAUCUCCCAUGUCGUCUAGCGUGCAGUCGGGAACACCCAUCACCAAUGACCUCUUCAGCCAGGCCUUACAGCACGCUCUCCAGGCAUCAGGACAGCCUAGCCUUCAGAGCCAGUGGCAACCCCAGCUGCAGCAGCUGCGAGACAUGGGCAUUCACGACGACGAACUGAGCCUCCGCGCCCUCCAGGCCACUGGGGGCGACAUCCAGGCCGCUCUGGAGCUCAUCUUUGCAGGGGGAGCCCCUUAACCUGUCCUCGAGGCCUCUCUCCCCCCGCCAUUCUGCAGGAGGCGACCGCGUGCACCUCCGACCUCAGCCCCACCAAGCCAGCCCUUCAACAUGCGCCGCCUCCCCAUUCCCUGGCGUGUUCUUCUUUCUCGUCAUGUUGUCCAGAGUCCAAGAACGUUGAUGUCCCGUCUGCUUUUCCUGGUCUCCGGACAACAAGGAUCUCCAAACAUCAGUUUAGCCAAACCGCUGCCCUUGGAAGACGGGAAAAGUUCCAGGGUUCAGAGUUUUUGGUCGGCCGCUCCAGAAACGACCCAGCUUUGCCGCAUCCCCAAAAAGGCUUCCUCUGAUCAUUUCAAGGAGACGCUCAUUUUCCCACCCCACCCCUUCUUCCUUGUGGUUUUAUUCCUGCCCCGGCUAAGAUCCCCGUGUGGCUUUUACCGGACUGUCUCAUUAAAACCUGGUUUCUU